UGGAUGACGUUAAGGGCCACGCCCCCACCUUGGGACAGACCCGGAAGCGGCGGCGCCCCUAGGGGAAGAUGGCGCCCUCGGGGCUGAAGGCGGUGGUGGGGGAGAAAAUUUUGAGCGGAGUCAUUCGGAGCGUCAAGAAGGAUGGGGAGUGGAAGGUGCUCAUCAUGGACCACCCGAGUAUGCGCAUCUUGUCGUCCUGCUGCAAGAUGUCAGACAUCCUGGCUGAGGGCAUCACCAUUGUGGAGGACAUCAACAAACGGCGAGAACCCAUCCCCAGUCUGGAGGCCAUUUAUCUGCUGAGCCCCACGGAGAAGUCGGUGCAGGCCCUGAUCGCAGACUUCCAGGGGACCCCGACCUUCACCUACAAAGCGGCACACAUCUUCUUCACCGACACCUGCCCCGAGCCCCUGUUCUGUGAGCUGGGCCGCUCCCGGCUGGCGAAGGUGGUGAAGACGCUGAAAGAGAUCCACCUUGCCUUCCUCCCGUACGAGGCUCAGGUGUUCUCCUUGGAUGCCCCGCACAGCACCUACAAUCUCUACUGCCCCUUCCGUGCCAGCGAGCGGGCACGGCAGCUCGAAGCGUUGGCCCAGCAGAUCGCCACCCUGUGCGCCACACUGCAAGAGUACCCGGCCAUCCGCUACCACAAGGGCCCAGAGGACACGGCCCAGCUGGCCCACGCCGUCCUAGCCAAGCUGAACGCCUUCAAGGCAGACACUCCCAGUCUGGGCGAGGGCCCUGAGAAAAGUCGCUCACAGCUCCUCAUCAUGGACCGGGCGGCCGACCCCGUGUCCCCACUGUUGCACGAGCUCACCUUCCAGGCCAUGGCCUAUGACCUGCUGGACAUCGAGCAGGACACGUACAGGUAUGAGACCACGGGGCUCAGCGAGGCCCGGGAGAAGGCCGUGCUGCUGGACGAGGACGAUGACCUGUGGGUGGACCUGCGGCACAUGCACAUCGCAGAUGUGUCCAAGAAGGUCACGGAGCUCCUGAAGACAUUCUGUGAGAGCAAGAGGCUGACCACAGACAAGGCCAACAUCAAAGACCUGUCCCACAUCCUGAAAAAGAUGCCACAGUACCAGAAGGAGCUGAACAAGUAUUCUACGCACCUGCAUUUAGCUGAUGACUGCAUGAAGCACUUCAAGGGCUCUGUGGAGAAGCUGUGCAGUGUGGAGCAGGACUUAGCCAUGGGCUCUGACGCAGAGGGCGAGAAGAUCAAGGACGCCAUGAAGCUGAUCGUGCCGGUGCUUCUGGACGCCGCAGUGCCAGCCUACGACAAGAUCCGGGUUCUGUUGCUCUACAUUCUUCUACGGAAUGGUGUGAGCGAGGAGAACCUGGCCAAGCUGAUCCAGCACGCCAACGUGCAGGCACACAGCAGCCUCAUCCAGAACCUGGAGCAGCUGGGCGGCACUGUCACCAACCCCGGGGGCUGUGGGACCACAAGCCGGCUGGAGCGGAGGGAGCGCUCAGAGCCCACCUAUCAGCUGUCCCGCUGGACCCCGAUCAUCAAGGAUGUGAUGGAGCAUGCUGUGGAGCAGAGAAAAGGGCCCGGUGCAUCCCCGGGGCAUCAGGGAAGGUGGAGCAGAGAUGAUAUACGAGUUGGGAGAGGAGCUCUCUGGGCAGGCAUGGCACGGAGGGGUGUUCCAGGCAGCCUAAGUGCUUGGAAGAGGCCCAGGCGGCAGGAGCAAGCAUGGUGCACGCAGGGAAGCGUGCCUUGUUUGGUGGGUUUCAUCCUGUAGGCCUUCGUGUCCCAAAUGCCAUCCAAGGGGCACACACCAUGGGACACUCCCUGGUCAAAGGGACCAGUAUUUGAGGGCUUCCCUGGUGGCGCAGUGGUUGAGAGUCUGCCUGCCGAUGUAGGGGACACGGGUUCGUGCCCCGGUCCAGGAGGAUCCCACAUGCCCGGAGCGGCUGGGCCUGUGAGCCAUGGCCGCUGAGCCUGCGCGUCCGGAGCCUGUGCUCCGCAACGGGAGAGGCCACGACAGUGAGAGGCCCGCAUACCGCAAAAAAAAAAAAAAAAGGGACCAGUAUUUGGAAUUGAACUUGGAAAGGCAGCAAACCACCCCACCCCACCCCUCCCCGCCC